UAAAUGUGACGCUCUAUCAAAAAUUUCUUAUUUCACAAAAAAUAUUACAAAAUAUUGAAGAAAAAUCAUAAAAAAUAGUAAAACCCGACAAUGGAGACUCAAUUUUUGCUCAAAGUAAUGUUCCAAGGGAGCCUUUUGAAUGAUUUACCGACAGAACUAAAAUACCAAAUUUUGGACUUUCUUGAUGCCUCAUCGUUGAAAAAGUGCCGUUUGCUGAACAAAACUUACCUUAAUUUGAUCGAUAAUUGCGAGAAAUACAACAAACAUUGGAUUCUGGAUGUUUCUGAUAGACCUCUAACUGCAGAACAGGACUUUGUUCAACUUUAUACGAAUUCAAGUUUAAAAUUUGGACGUUUGAUUGGCAACACGAACAAAUUUUCCUUCGUACCAAAACUUUUCCAAAAGCUCGGAGAAACUGUAACCUGCAUCAAAAAUUUGCCAUUUUCCGAGAUGGAUCGCAAAACAACCGAAAUGAUGAUCAAAACGUUCGACAAAGUAGAAUAUUUGAAGACAAGUGAGAUUUUGCUGCGUAACAUGAAUCGUUGGGGAUUAAUUUGGCCGAGUGUUAAACGAUUGACAAUAUUUUGUGGAAGUAUUCCGCAAUACAAGGGAAAUUAUUCGGAAUUUCCCAAUGUUGAAGAUGUUACCAUCGAAUUUUUCGGUAUGUUGAUGCUUGAGGCGGCCUGUGCAAUGAUAAAAGCAUGCCCAGAAAAGGUCACUGGAAUCAAAGAUAAAAUGCUCAAGUAUUUGCAUGGUGAUUUUGGGCCAGCAUUUGAGAAAAUUGAGAAUUUGAAACCGAAAAGGCUUAAAUUGCGAUACAAUGAAGAAAAUAACGAAAAUAUUUUCUUACCCACACUCGGUGAAGUCACAUGGUACGACAUACGAGCAAAUCUAAGUCGAAAGAUGGAACAUUAUGCCUUUGGAAAAGUACUACCUGAACACUUUGAACUACAAUUUAUUCGUGAUUUAUCACUGGACUUGAUGCGCAAGUCACUGAUACCCCUGAAUGCCAUUGAGAAAAUGCCAAACUUGAUCAAAUUCCGUAUCACGUUGUCAAAGGAGCUCUUAUAUUACACAAAUGCAGAACAACCAACUUGUUUUUUGGAACAUCAUGAGACAAUUUUGAAACCUAAAGUGAUAAAAUUAGUUUUAGACACAAGAGGUUUACCAUUUACUUGCCUCAAAUGCAUCCGCACUUUAAUAUGCUCUUUUCCGAAAGUCAAAAGUCUCCAUUUGAGUGAGAUGAAAUUCAUCUCUGACAAUAACGUUCAUCAUUUUUGGAAGAUGCUUAAUGGUGUGCUGAAGAAAACGGGCAUUUUUCAACACUUGACUACUUUUCACGUUGAUUUUGAUGAAAACGAAGCAGAAAUCGACUCUUAUGAAUACAAUAUUUUUAAAAAGAUGACACCACUGCCGAAUGCUAAGCAUGUUCACAUUUCAACUUACCUGGAAAAUAUCUCACAAAAUAAUCUGAAAACGCUUUGCGACAAAAUUCCAGCUGUAAAAAGGUUAUAUCUUGGAACAGGACGUGACAUGGAUUUCAACUUGGCAGGUUUUCUCAUCAGCCAACUCAAGUAUUUGAAAUAUUUAAAGUUUAAUACGUACACAAAUGACUACGAAUAUGAGGAAUUAGGAGAAAAUGUUGCCAGUCGUGAUCUCAUUGACACUUUGUUAAAAGUCCCUCUGAAGCUUUGGGAUUUGGACGUGAAGAUAAAUAGCGAAACUAAGGACACAUUUCCGUUGUUUGAGAAAUUUCCUACACUGCGAAAAAUGGAAAUCCAAAAGGAAGAAAAUUCAACAGAUGAUGAAGAUGUUUACAGAACUGAAUAUUAUGAUCACAUAAAAAAGAAGCCAAAGAAGAAAAAAUCUAAAUUGGGUUUCAAAAUUUACAAAAAAUUUUGAUGAUUUUUUUUUUGAACGAAAAAUUUUCAUGCUUUCAAAAAUAUUUACAUAAAUUUAAAUAUUUUUUUAUAUAUUCAACUUUAAAAUAAAUUUAAAUUUUCAUUA